AUGGCAGAAGCUGUGAAUUGGAUGAUGCCUAAACAGCUCAGGCAUUUAUUUGUUCUUAUACUGAUUCAUUGUCAACCUAUUUAUUCUGAAAAGUUAUGGGAAAAAUUUAAAGACUCUAUGUCUGAGGAUUUUUCACGAAACAAUGAAUUGUAUAUCAGUUAUCAAAUGGCUUAUUCCGAAAUAAAUGAUAUUUUGAUUAAGGAAGGAAAAAGUUUGUCUGAUUUUCCAACAAUGGAUCAAAAUGUCAUGAUUAACGUAGUUGAUAUUAAUAACAUUGACGAAAGAAAUCGUAGAUUAGAAGUUGGUAAUGAAAAUUAUAAAAAAUUAAAUUCUGAACAAAAAGUAAUUGUUGAUAACAUUAUUGAAGCGUCACGUUCAGAUAAUUAUACUGGCACAACUUGCUUUUACAUAGAUGGUCAAGGAGGAUCUGGGAAAACUUUCGUUUACACUACCAUUUACAAUCUUUUAAUGUCAGAUAAUAUCAAAUGCUCUACAAUGGCAUAUACUGGUAUUGCUGCAACAUUGCUGCCCAAUGGAAAAACAGUGCACAAAUCUUUUGGUUUACCAGUUCCAAUGUUUAAUGAUUCAUCUUCAAAUAUAAAAAUACAAUCUAAUGAAGGUAAGAUCUUAAAAAAUACUAAAGUAUUUAUUUGGGAUGAAGCACCUAUGGCCCCGAGAUACGCUUUAGAAAUAGUCAAUAGAACAUUAAAAUACAUAAUGAAUAAUGAUCUACCAUUUGGUGGCAAAAUUAUGGUUUUAGGUGGUGAUUUCAGACAACUGCUUCCUAUCAAAGUCCAUGGUACGCGUAAUGAAAUAUUAAAUUUGUCUAUAAAAAACUCCGAGUUGUGGCCACUUUUUUCAAUAUUCUAUUUGCAAACUAACAUGAGAGCAUUACCCCAUGAAAUUGAAUUUACCAAAUAUUUAUUAGAUGUCGGUAAUGGAAAAUUAAAUGAUGAACAUGAUAAUCUGCAGCUCCCAGAACACUGUAUAUUACCUCCAAAUGAAUGCAUUGUUCAAAACACUUUUGGAGCCUUAAUAAAAAACAAAAAAUUUGAUGAUCUUAGUCAUUGUGUUAUUCUAUCUGCCAGAAAUGUUGAUGUAGAUGAUAUGAAUAAUAAAAUUACUGAUUUAUUAGAUAAAACUACUGAACGUAUUUACACUGGUACAGAUAGCACAGAAAACUGUGAUAAUGGUAACAUGGAUCAUGAAGUUCUUUUACCAGAAUAUCUUAUUUCUUUAAAUCCACCUAAUUUUCCUCCUCAUAAAUUACGUUUAAGGAAAUUUUGUAUAGUAAUGUUAAUUAGAAAUAUUAGUCUCAGUGAAGGAUUAUGUAAUAGAACAAGGUUACAGAUAAUUGAUUUUUCCAAUCAUUUAUUAAAAUGUAGAAUAUUAACUGGAUCUAAACGCAAUAACAUAAUACUGCUUAAUCGAAUUACAUUAUAUUGUGAUAAUCAAUAUCCAUUCAUUUUUAAAAGAAAGCAGUUUCCAGUUCGUUUGGCUUUUGCCAUGACUAUUAAUAAAGCUCAAGGACAAACUUUAGCUCAAAUUGGUAUCGAUCUUCGAAGAGAUGUUUUUAAUCAUGGUCAACUAUAUGUAGCUAUGUCUAGAGUGAGAUCAUGGGAUUCAUUAAAAAUUUAUUUAGGAAAUCAAAGACAAACUUUGGUUGUAAAAAAUUAUAUUUAUACAGAAUUAUAUCAAUAA